AGCAAGCAGCAGUGAUAUUGUAACAUGUGGCUGUGGGCAUUGCUUCCCAUCUUCCUGGCUAUCUUUGGCACUGUGGGCAUUUGGACAGUGUUUGGUAUAGCUGUAACAAAUGGAUCAGUCAACUUAACAGAGUCAUUCCCCUAUAUCAGUAAAUGUGGCACUCACAACCCGCAGAGCUGUCUCUUCUCCCAGAUCUGCAACAUCUGCUCGGUUUUAGCCCUGUGGAUUGUGGUGAUCCGUUUUCAGCAGGUUAGAGACUACGGUAACCAUGGAAAGGCCAACAUCGCCAGCAUUGUUUUAGGAUUCAUAUCCUCCCUAGGCAUCUCUCUCCUUGGCAACUUCCAGCAAUCAGUCCUGAUGGGAAUUCACCUUUUGGGGGCAUUCCUGGCUUUUUUCGUUGGUCUGGGAUACUUCUGGGUGCAGGUGUUUCUAACCUAUCGGGCACAGCCAUCUUUAGACCGAUGUUGGGUGGGGCCUCUCAGAGCGAUCUGCUGCAUCAUCUGUACCAUCCUGGUCAUCAUUAUGUCCAUUCUCCACAAUACAGGCCAUAAGUCUGGGGCAGCUGUGUGUGAAUGGGCCUUGGUCAUGGUGUUCUUCUGCUUAUUUGGCCUGUUUGCAGCUGAGUUCAGACACAUCGACUGUCAUCACCUCACUAUACAGAAGAAGAAAGCUGUGAGUAAUAACUCCAGAACUUCCUCAGCAGAACUGAACGGUCACACACACGGCUGA